UCAAAUUUUUUUGAAAAGAUUGAUACGUGAUUGAUACCUAACCUGUAAAUAAUGAAUUGAGAACUGAGUGAACAAUUAAUAUAUAGUUAUAAAAUAUAUGCAACAUGAAUAGACCGGCUUUUGUGUACAACAGGCUCAGAAGAGUCCAGUUUCUUGCACGAGCAUUAUCAACGGCCAAAGAAGAAAAAAUUGUCGUUCCGAUGCGGAUAAAUCGAGGUCCUACUGAUAUUCUAAGGGCCCUUGAAAGUACGAUCAAAAGUGACCCAACUGCAGCUCAUUACAAAUAUCAUGACGACCCUUAUUUACUUCCAAUGAAUAAUUUGGCAAAACGUUCAUAUGCAAUGGCUCAAGAAGCAGGUCGUAAAGCCGCACAUUGGGUACGAAGCCAACACCCUGAACUCUUCAACCAUCGGGAAUGCGAUCCGCCAGUUGAGCUGUUUUUUCCACCAAUUACUUAUAAUGAAAACAGUAACGUGACUGAAUCUGAUUUGCAAAGUGCAAUAUCCAAAAAUCAGGUGUCUGAUGCCAUCCUGAUAAAUAACUUGUUAAAGGCGAAAAGUAUCGACAUCGCAGAAACAACAAAACAAAGUUUAUUAGAAUUGUUAUGUUUCAAUAACAGCGAAGACCUGCUGCCCGAAGAAUUUAUUGAAGAAAGAUGGUUUAAACAGAGUUCCCGGCUAAGAGAGAAACAACGAAAAACUUGGAAAGAUGGCAGUUUAGCGGACGAAAUUUUUAUAAGUAUGGAAAAUCCUUCAGCUGAAGCAUAUUCAGCGAUGAUUCAAGGGUUGGCCAAAUUUAAUCACGCAUCUAGAGCGCAUCACCUUUUUGAAGAAGCGCAGGCAAAGGGCUUAGUAGAUCUUGAUACGUACAAUGCGAUAAUCAAAGUGGCACCUUUUCUGAAAGAAAACACUGAUUUAAGGUGGGCUUUCGUUGUGAAUAUACUUGAAAAUAUAAAGCAAGCUGGAUUGAAACCAACCCUGGGAACCUUAAAUUCAGUUUUACUCGCCUUAAGCACUAUGGGCACCAGUGAAAUGGUCAGAACAUCAACCUUAAAAACACUGAAUGAGUUUAAAAGUUUAGGAAUUGAACCCACUCUGGGAUCUUGGUAUUACGUGUUAAUCACAUUUUGUAAGGAACGAGGUCCACGGAACGGAAUAUUGACAAGCAUUUUAGCAAAUGUCGAAAAUAAAGCUUAUCAAAUCCAAGACAUUACUGAUACAAACUUUUUCGUGACAGCAAUGGAUGUAGCAAGAAAUCAUCUGAAUGAUGUUAGUGUGGCGCAAAGAGUGCACAAAUUAUUAUUGCUGGACAAUAACUAUGACUUAAUUGGAGACUCAUACAGGGAGUCAAUUUAUUACCGUCAUUAUUUCAGUUUAUUAUUACCAAAUGUACCCUUCGAAGAGUUCAUGGAAACAACAUAUAAUAAACUUGUGCCCAAUGUGUAUGUGCCCGAGCCUUCCGUAAUGAAAGAAGUCAUUAAGCAAAUCGAAUUGAAUGGUGCUAUUGAACACAUUCCUCGGAUAUGGUCCGAUAUGAUCGUGUUUAACCAUAAUAACAGAGAGGAUCUGAUUGCCUACAUUUUAGCAGUGAUGGUAGAUAAUGUGGUACCAGAAGGUUCAGAGCUGGUAGAAAAGUUCUCCAAAAUCGGAUUGGAUAUUUAUACUUCUAUUGAUGGUCAAGCCGAAGAUAAAUAUAAUUCAGUAAAGUUUACUGGAGACAUGUUGGGAAAAAUUAUGAUCCUUCUGCUGAGGAAUAGUGACUUCGAAAAUGCAAGUCUAGUUAUGCAUAAGUUGAUUCAUCAGCAUCAGAAAAUCGUAGGUGUACCUUCAUUUGAUGCCUUGGACCUUUUUGUGGAUCACUGUAUUAUCAAUAAAACGCCAUCGCGGGCCAUAGAGUGCAUUCAAUAUGCGUCGGAUAGUGGUUUUCCAGAUGUCUUAGGUCUAGGAGUCAAACUAAAUGAAAAGUUGACUCUGGAUGAAGGACAUUUAAAUAGAUUAUCAAAGUGUGUUAAUAUCAAAAUUCGCUAGAUAUCAUUUUAAAACUGAAUGUUUAAAUUAGUAAUAAAUUGAAAAGCAACAUUUUAA